AUGACGAACACUUCAGAUUCCGACCCCAGUUUCAUUAUCCCAUUUGCUCCAUCGAAUGCAACUCUUCCGAGUUACAAUCAAACCCCAAGAAAAAAACGCACUAAAAUCUCCAAUAGCGAAACGGGUUCUUCUUCUUCUCCAAGGCCUAAACCGGUGGUCAAGAAACCAGACCCUAACGCUCCCAAAAUCACACGACCAUGCACCGAAUGUGGCAGACAGUUCUGGUCAUGGAAGGCACUCUUCGGUCACAUGAGAUGUCACCCUGAGCGUCAAUGGCGUGGCAUCAACCCUCCUCCUAACCACCAACGAACCGCCGCGUCACGAUCGUUGGUUUUGGAUGCAUCGGAGGAAGAUCAUAACAUUGCCUCUUAUUUACUAAUGUUGUCUCACCACUUUACCACCGGUUCAAGUGGAGAAGUGGAGUCACGGUUCGAGUGUGGAGGAGGAUCACAUCAAGCGUUAGCAACACAUGAACUUGUUCACUUAACCGAAGAUCCUCUUCCUCCUCCUCAUCACCAAGAGAUCGUUGAUCAGGAUCGUAAGGGCAAGAGAGUUAAGUUGGUCUCAGGGAUCAAUCAUCGAUGUUACAUCUGUUCUAAAGUGUUUUCGAGUGGUCGAGCUUUAGGUGGUCACAUGAGAUGUCAUUGGGAGAGAGAUCAAGAGGAGAAGAAUCAAGAUUCGAAUGUUAUCGAUCUCAAUGUUCCUGCAACGAAUCUUCCCGGUUCUUCUUCACACACAUUGCCCGAGUGUUCUUUAGAACUUAGGCUAGGGCUCUGA